AUGGGCGCGUGUGCUGUUGCCAACCUGGCAUGCCGCAAUGGCAUCUUGACCUACUGUCUUGGGCCUGAAGCCCCAGUUGACGACUCUGUUCGCCUGUUUGAUGCUCUCACGGCUGUGGUGAAGGUGGAGCUUUUCAGCAUCAAUCAGGUGCACAUGGAAGAGUUCCUUGAGAAGAAGCAGGCAGCAGAGGCGCCUGACAAGUCUGCAGCGGCGAAGCCCAAGAAGGACCCUGAGGAGGGUGUGGACUUGGGCCCAGUGGAACGUGCCGUCAAGCGUCUCAUGGACACCUUGCAGUCCUAUAACUACAAGGACGACCUGAAUGCCGGCGAUCAACAUCGGCAUCCCUAUGCAGGCGCGGAGGUCAUUAACAAGUUUGGUGAGGCCAAACACUGGAAGGAAAUGCUCCAGUGGCUUCUAGAUCACGACGUGGCCACCGUGGAUACCAUCGGCAAGUGCAAGGUCGCCAUACUUCGCUACACCGCUGACGGGGCCAGCAACCUCGAGCAGCUGGGC